UCCUCUCACUCUGAUAGUAUUCCUUCCGCAAAAUGGCUGUGUCGAUGGCUCACAUGCCUCCAGCCUCGUCCAUCUUCUCGAUGUACGCCUCCAUCUCCGCGUCCAUCAUGCUCCUCCAAACAAUGAUGAACCAGCUCCUCCCCCUCCCCGCCCAGCGCUUCCUCCUCUCCCUCCUCCGCCGCCUCUUCCCCCGCCGCCCCUCCCACUCCACCCUCCUCAUCGAGGAGCGCGACGGCCUCUCCUCCAACGAGCUCUUCUCCGCCGCCGAGACCUACCUCUGCUCCCUCCUCCGCCCCGACUCCCACCGCCUCAAGCUCACCAAGCGCCCCAACGACCCCUCCCUCUCCCUCCGCUUCGCCUCCUCCCACUCCAUCCCCGACUCCCACCGCGGCAUCCCCCUCCUCUGGCGCUUCGUCAACGAAGAACACAACAAACACAACAAGCCCCAUCUCGACGAGCGCUCCCACCACCCCGACUCCGAGAAGCGCUACUUCGAGCUCACCUUCACCAAAGAGUCCCGCGACACCGUCCUCGAAUCCUACAUCCCUUCCGUCCUCGCCCGCGCCAAAGUCAUCAAGGACCAGAACAAGGUCGUCAAGCUCCACACGCUCGCCGGCGCCCCCUCCUACAGCAGCUCCUCCGUCUGGGACUCCGUCAAUCUGGAGCAUCCCUCCACGUUCGACACGCUGGCGAUGGAGGCGGAUUUGAAGAAGAGGAUCAAGGAGGAUUUGGAUCGGUUUGUGAGGAGGAAGGACUUUUACCGGAGGGUCGGGAGGGCGUGGAAGAGGGGGUACUUGCUGUAUGGGCCGCCGGGCACGGGGAAAUCCAGCUUGAUUGCGGCGAUGGCCAAUUAUCUCAAGUUCGAUAUCUACGAUUUGGAGCUCACGAAUGUGAGAAGGGAUUCGGAUUUGAGGAAACUGCUGCUCAGGACUGCUAACAGGUCCAUUCUUGUCAUUGAGGACAUUGAUUGCACCGUCGACCUUCCCGACCGGAAAGGCUCCCCUGCCGCUGUCGCCGCCGCUGUUGAAGGUGCUAAUGCACAUCUCCACCGCCCGCGUGAUACUCAGUUCACACUCUCAGGGCUAUUGAACUUCAUCGACGGGCUGUGGUCGAGCUGCGGCGACGAGCGAAUCAUUGUAUUCACUACAAACAACAAAGGCAAGCUAGAUCCCGCAUUGCUCCGGCCGGGGCGCAUGGACAUGCACAUACACAUGUCCUAUCUCACACCCGACGGGUUUCGCCUCCUUGCCUCUACUUAUCUCGGCAUCCAAGGCCACCACCCCAGUCUCCCCGAGAUCGAAAAUCUAAUCAAGAUGAAGAACAUCACGCCCGCUGAAGUCGCCGAAGAGCUCAUGAAAUUUGAUGAUGUCGAUUUAUCCCUUAAUGAGGUGCUAAAUUUUCUAAAAAGCAAGACAAACGAAGAUGAAGAUGACACCAAAACUAUUAGUGAAAAAGAUGUGGAGGUUGGUGUGGCCAAAGACCAAGUUACGGCCCACGAUAGCGACUUUUAAAUGUGACACAUUAAGAAAUUACUAAUUUGGUAUGGUAAAAUGGUUGGAUAUUGCUAGCUUAGGUUUGAUCACAUGUUGCUUUAGUGCUUUUCCAUUUCAACAAUUGAAUUUAAUUUCUGUCUGA